AUAAUGGACUACAACUCCAAAGCUCUGCUCUCUAGAGAGAACCUCAUCUACGCCAUCACCGUGCCACUGUCCACCUCCAUCAUCUUGGCCAACCUGGUCAUCAUCUUGGGCAUCUCUUGCAACCGCCAACUCCACAACACGCCCAACUACUUCUUCCUCAGCCUGUUAGUGGCUGACAUGUGCACGGGCGUGGCACUGCCCUUCAUCCCAUUGAUGGGUCUGAAUCGGGAGAUGAGUCUGAGCUCCUGUUUGUUGGCCCACGUCUUCCCCAAUUUCCUUUUUUUGGCGUUUUUGUUCAACCUGGUAAUGGUCCACUAUGAACGCUACAUAUGCAUCGUUGACCCUCUGCGUUACAAUAACCUGUGGAUGCAUCGCAGUUUUCCUUUGGCGUUGCUGAUAGUUUGGGCACCGCCACUUCUCUACGCAUCCGUACCUGCUUUUGGGUGGAAUAACUGGACAGGGCUGGACUGGAACAGCUGUUGUGAAAACAUGUCAAAGUUGUCGCCACUUUCAAACUGUUCGAUAAAUGGAACCACUUGCUGCUCCUACAGGCGGGUAUUCCCCAAUGCUUUCAUCUACUUGGAGGUGUACGGCCUCGUUUUACCUGCAAUUCUGGUCAUCGCUGGUAUGACCGGACGGGUUUUGUGCAUCACCCGAGGACAGCUGAAGGACAUAUGCCGGCUCCAUCGCUCAAUAGAGCGAGGCAGUCAGGCCUCGGAGCAGGAGCAGAGGCUGAACCUGCGGUACACUCGCUGCGUGGUGGCAGUAUCUCUGACGUUUCUGGCCUGCUGGGUUCCGUACCUCAUCUACAUGCACGUCUGCAUAGCGUUUUUAAUCAGCGAUACCAAGUGGAGCUCCACCACGCACAUCGUAUUGUCAUGCACCGGUAUCGGAAGCAUGGCUGUGGUGCCGCUGGUGCUUGGCCUGGCCAACAAACAGUACACAGAACCUGCGUACAUACUGUUCCAAAAACUCAGAGAUCGGUGGAGAAGAACACAAGAACAGGAGGAGGCCGCAUUCUGA